UCAAAUGCAAACCGGCGGGCGCUUUGACCCAGGAUGUUAGUUUUGAUUCAGAUCAAGAUGAUCUACUUCCGUGUUUUUGCUCCAGCGCCGUCACGUGUUGAGCUUUUACCUACAAGAGAGGAACACCUUCAGUCUACAAGAGCCUCAUCCUCAUGUUUCAACCAGUCAAAGUGACGCCUUAGUGGUUGUUAAACGAGUUUCCUUCCAAGCAAUCGUUAGUGCACGCAAAAAACAGUUAACAGGGUGUAUUGAGACCGGAGGAUAAAACCACAAAGCCAUGUCUGGAAAUCCUCCCGUGGUCAUGCGGCUGGUGGCAUCUGCCUACAAGGUAGCAGAAAAGGCCGGGGCUAUUGUCAGGAAAGUGCUUCAUAGUGGUGAACUUGGCAUCGUGGAAAAGACAGGAGCUAAUGAUUUGCAGACGAUGGCAGACAGACUCGCACAGCAGAGCAUUUGUGAGUCACUAUCCAGACAUUUUCCCAAGAUCACCAUCAUUGGAGAGGAGGACCUUCCACCUGAAAAGGUACAGGAAGAUCUUAUCGAGACUGGCCAGGCAGAGGAAAUCCUUCAGAGGAGCUGUCCUGACGAGUUUAAAGAAGUGAAGGAAGAAGAGCUGGUCGUGUGGGUUGAUCCUCUCGAUGGCACAAAGGAAUAUACAGAAGCCUCGAGGUGUCUCCGGCUCGGAGCUGUGACCCAGAUACCACACAAAGGCUCGGACACUUCUCGGGCUCACAGUACAGCUCUCUGGCUCCUCGACAACGUGACGGUGCUCAUCGGUAUUGCUUAUGGAGGCAGAGCUAUUGCAGGUGUCAUCAAUCAGCCGUUCUACAACUAUCAGCUUGGAGCAGAAGCAACUUUAGGAAGAACCAUAUGGGGGAUUCUGGGAUUGGGGGCCUUCGGAUUCAAGCUGCAGGAAGUUCCAGAAGACAGACGAAUUGUUACCACCACACGUUCCCAUAGCAACAAGGUGGUAACAGACUGCGUAAACGCCAUGGAGCCGCAUGAUGUUAUACGAGUGGGUGGCGCUGGAAACAAGAUUAUUCAGCUUAUUGAAGGGAAAGCCUCAGCGUAUGUUUUUGCAAGUCCAGGGUGCAAAAAGUGGGAUACAUGUGCUCCUGAGGUCAUCCUGCAUGCUGUCGGAGGUAAACUGACAGACAUGUAUGGAAAACCUUACUGCUACCAUGCUGAUGUGAAGCACAUGAACUCUGCUGGGGUUCUCGCUGCCCUACGCAACCACGAGUACUACGUCAGCAGAGUCCCUCCGUCAGUGCUGCAGGCCCUCAAGAAUGACUGAAAUCUCUGGAUUUACGUGGAAGUUACGUUCAGUUUUAUCAUAUCAAAAUGAAAUGACUCCCAUUUAAUCGUUUAUUUCACAAAUCAAUAUUGUUUGACUUUUAAUUUCGAUGAAAUGUAGACAUCUUCACGCAUAUGAAAUCACUUUUUCCACUGUCCGAGACUGAGUCUCAGUGUUUAUAUCCGUUAAAUGAUGAGAAAACAAAAAGCUUAAUAGCAUUUUAAUUUCACACAUUUCAAACAACCUCAUACAAAUCUUCCUCCCAUAGUACCACCAACUUAAAUAUUUACAGAAUUACAAAGGAAAAAGGCAAGAAUAAAAGAAAAUGUUAACCCAAUUUCAAUGUACAUGGUGAACUGGAAAUGAAUUACUGUAGUUUAUUCAAUAACCAUUUAUUGGGAACAUUAAUACUGGAAUACCAAAAACAAAAGUGCCUACUUCAACUCUUUACAUUGUCACUAUGAGAGGAAAUACAACCGUUUUCAGUUGUGAUCAUGUUCUUUAAAGUGCUGUCUUAAUAAAACAUAUUCUUCACCCUUCACUUGUGUAUUUCAUUAGCACAUACUGGAUGUCUUUACUUUACUACACACCUAUUUUCCACAAAGUCACAAAUUUAAGAUCAGCAAAAGUUUGGUUGAAUCCCAUCUUUGACAAAUUCCCAUUAGAGUAAAAAAAACAAACAGUCUUGCCAUUUUUCUUUUUUGUUCUAUAAACAAUGGAACAUUUGUUUUUAAAUGAAUGCUCAGCUUGUGAUGUGACAAUGUGUUGUUGGUGUUCGAAAAAUGUCUGGAACCAUUGAGUAAUGGGGA